AAUCCGAUGUUUUUUUGAGAUCAUUCGAUGCCCAAUUUUCAAUUAUUGCAUGAUAGUGAUGAUGAUGCAUGUCCUAGAUAUGGAAUUCCUCCUCCAUCAAAAGAUGAGAUUAAGAGGACUGAGUUAAAUCAUUGGGGAUUUAAUGGAGGAGAUUCUGAUUCCUCUGAAACUGACCUAACAUGGAGCUUCUGCAAAAACAAUAUCAAGGUGGUGGUCUUAUUCUGACCCUGAGCGGAGCUAUGAAGAAGAAGGGAACGAAGAGGCCAGCGUCGUCCCUUGGAUGGAUCCUAAAAGUUGGAACAGUCUACUUGAGGUCGGCGUAGUCCCUUUGAGGGACCUAAGAAGCUAGAACAGGCCUCUUGAAGUUGGAACAGACCUCUUGAGGCUAGCUCCGUCUCUUGGAUGGAUCGUGGAAGUUGGAACUGUCCACUUGAGGUCGGCUUCGUCCCUUUGAGUAACCUAUGGAGCUGGAAUAGACCUCUUGAGACUAGAGUCGUCCUUUAGAUAGAUCCUAGAAGUUGGAAUGGUCUACUUGAGGCCGACGCGAUCUCUUUAAAAGACCUAUGAAGCUUGAACGGAACUCUUGAAGCUGACAUGGACCGUUGGAGUGAGGGAGUUCGCCAGAAAUUGUCCACUGGAAGAGUCGCUAGACUGCUGCUAUGUGGUUUUUGGAGGAUGAACAUUUUUUUUCUUUCUUUUUUCUUGCUUACUUUUGUACUUCUCUCCUCUUCAUUUUUUCUCACCACAAUCCUUCUCCUUUUCUCUUUUUUAUCUCUCCAUAAUCCUUCUCCUCUCUCUCUAUUUUUUUCCUUUCUCUCCCACAUUGUUUUAACUAAAACUUUUAGGAACCCAACAACUGCUUUCAUACAACCCCGCUGAAGUUCUCCAUUUGAGUCUCAUGUUUGGAGAAAGGAACCUAGACUAGUGGUGGCAGUAGUAGACAUUUUUCAUUUUUAAGGAUUAAAAAAACACAUAUUUAGCAAAUAUAAUUUUUGGGUUUCUGAGAUAGUGCCCACUGCCAUGGGGCUCUCAAGCUCUCUAAGGUUUUGGGGCGACAAACGGUCGGGUGGGCGUGACUCUCUUAGGGAGCACCUAGUGAAGAACGGCAAAGGUGGAGAAGUGAAAUCACUCUGCGGGGAUAAGAAAACAGUCACUCCUUAUAGCAGUGCAACCAUUCUUGGUAGAAUUUCUUACUCAUGGAUGACUCCACUGGUAUCUCUUGGCUACAAAAGACCAUUGAACCUUGAAGACAUUCCUCAACUUUCUGGCUUGGACAGCAUCAGAAACAUAUUCCCAGUUUUCGCGAAAAAGCUGAAGGAACUUUCCCCCGGUAGGAAUUCGGUUACAACAUGUAAUCUUGUCAAGGCUUUGGUUUUCACUGUGUGGAAGGACAUCCUGUUGUCUGCUAUAUAUUUACUCAUCCAUAAACUGCCCUCUUACGUCGAAGCCUACCUCAUCAAUGACUUGGUUCAAUUUCUGAAUGGAAGUGGAGAGAGCAAGAAAGAAGGUUACUUCUUGGUCAUCGCAUUCACCAUCGCGAAGCUUUUUGAGUCCCUAGGGAAAACACAGUAUUACUUCAAAGUGCAGCAGGGUGGGUCCAGGCUACGGGCUGCCAUGGUUGCGAUGAUCUAUAGUAAGUGCAUGAGACUGUCAUGCCAGUCGAAGCAGAGGCAUACAUGUGGAGAGAUGAUCAACUUCAUGAGUGUAGAUGCAGAGAGGAUCAUUGGGUUCGGUUGGUACUUGCACGAUCCGUGGAUUGUGCUUGUACAAGUGGUUCUUGCAUUUGUGAUCCUCUACAAAAAUCUUGGCCUUGCUUCGGUCGUGCCUCUCCUUUCGACUGUGGUCGUGAUGCUAGCAAACAUCCCUUUGGGGACAUUGCUUGAGAGAUACCAGAAAAAACUUAUGGCAUCCAAGGAUGAUCGCAUGAAGGCAACCUCAGAAGUGUUGCGCAACAUGCGUGUCCUCAAACUUCAAGCUUGGGAGAUGAAGUUUUUGUCCAAAAUCAAUUCCCUGAGAGACACUGAGGUAAGAUGGUUAAGAAGAUAUGAAUAUGUUUCGGCUCUGUCAGUUUUUGUCCAUUGGGUUAUUCCCACAUUUGUGUCUGUUGCUACAUUUGGUGCCGCUGUUCUUAUGGGGACGCAGCUUGAACCCGGAAAGGUUCUCUCUUCUCUUGCCACAUUUGCGCUGCUGAAGGAGCCUAUUUAUAGGAUCCCAGAUGCAAUUUCAAAGACCGUUCAGGUUAAAGUCUCCCUUGAUCGGAUCGCAUCAUUCCUUUCGCUUGAGGACAUGGAACACGACAUUGUAGAGAAGCAUCAAAAGAGCUGUUCUUCUGAUGUGGCCAUUGACAUUGUCGAUGGGAGCUUCACAUGGGAUGAAUCCUCUCCCACUCCACUUCUAAAAGGCAUAAAUUUGAGAGUGCGCCACGGCAUGAAAGUUGCCAUUUGUGGUCCUGUUUCUUCGGGAAAGUCGAGAGUGUAUACUUGGGCUUCUGGAAUCAAAAGCUGUUGUUUAUGUUACUCAUCAAGUGGAGUUCUUACCUGCCGCGGAUUUGAUCUUGGGGGGAAGAUUUCAAAGGAAGGGGACUACACAAGCAUCCUCAAAUCAGAAACUGAGUUUAUGGAACUUGUGGGUGCUCACAAGGAAGCACUGUCAUCUAUUGAUUCAUUUGAAGAAAGAGUGCUAACUGUGAAAAAUGAUAACAGUACUACUAUGCAAAACGAAGAGAGUGGUAAAGAUGAUUGCAGCAGCGCGAGACUGAAGGGCCAACUUAUCCAAGACGAAGAGAGAAAGAAAGGCGGCGUGGGUUUCUCAGUUUACUGGACAUAUAUGACAUUGGCUUUUGGUGGGAUUCUUGUGCCCUUCAUAUGUCUGGGGCAAGUACUUUUCCAAGCACUUCAGGUGGGAGGAAACUAUUGGAUGACUUGGGCUACACCUAGGGUUGGAAGCUCUACUACUCUGCUUUCUGUGUAUGCGGUUUUUGCGAUUGCGGGUUCUUUCUGCAUCCUUGCCAGAACCUUGUUGCUAGUCACCGCCGGUUUCAAUACUGCCACAAUGCUCUUUCACAAAAUGCAUUUGUGCAUUUUUCGUGCUCCCAUGUCCUUCUUUGAUGCCACACCCAGCGGGCGUAUUUUAAACCGAGCUUCUACGGAUCAGAGUGUUGUUGAUUUGGACAUCCCCUUUCAAUUAGGGGCAUUCCUCAACGCCAUAGUCGAGCUUUUGGGUGUCAUAGUUGUAAUGUCACUAGUUACAUGGCAGGUCUUUGCUAUCUUCAUUCCUGUGAUUGCCAUAUGCAUCUAUUUUCAGCAACAUUACUUGCCUUCAUCGCGCGAAUUAGCACGGUUGGCUGGUGUUUCUAAGGCCCCAGUCAUACAGCAUUUCGCAGAAACUAUUUCUGGGUUAACUACAAUCCGGGCAUUUGGCCAGGAGCCUGAUUUUUUUAACACAAUUAUGAAGUUAGUGGACGAUCAUUCUCGGCCCAAGUUUCACGGCUUUGCAUUUGCUGUACUAGCAGUGACAUAUGGGCUUAAUUUGAACUCCCAGCUGGUAUUUGUUGCCGUGUAUUUUUACAUGACAGAGAAUCUUAUGGUGUCAGUUGAGAGAAUGACCCAAUACACUUCGGUCUCUAGUGAAUCCCCUCUUGUUAGUGAAUCAUGCAGGCCAGACAUGAAUUGGCCACCAAAUGGGGAAAUUGAUAUCAGGAAUCUCAAGGUCCGAUAUGCACCACAGUUGCCUCUUGUUUUACGGGGCAUCACGUGCACUUUGUUAGGAGGAAAGAAAACUGGAGUGGUUGGGAGGACAGGGAGUGGGAAAUCCACACUUAUACAGACUCUCUUUCGCAUUGUCGAACCUGUCGAAGGAGAGAUCUUCAUAGAUGGCAUCAAUGUAUCAUCAAUUGGCCUGCACGACUUGCGGGCAAAACUCAGUAUAAUCCCUCAAGAUCCAACCAUGUUUGCAGGAAGUAUACGAGCAAAUCUAGAUCCACUUGAAGAGUAUACAGAUGGGCAGAUCUGGGAGGCCCUUGAUAAGUGUCAACUGGGAGACGAAGUACGCAAGAAGGAAGCCGGGCUUGAUUCUCCGGUGGCUGAGAAUGGUGAGAAUUGGAGUGUGGGCCAGAGGCAACUGGUGUGUCUGGGGCGGGUGCUACUGAAGAAGAGCAAAAUUCUUGUGCUGGACGAGGCGACAGCAUCUGUUGACACCGCGACAGACAAUUUGAUCCAACAAACAGUGAGGCAAAACUUCUCUUCUUCCACUGUGAUCACAAUUGCACAUAGGAUGACCUCAGUGCUUGCCAGUGACAUGGUGCUGCUCUUAAAUAAUGGUUUGUUUCACUUUCUGCUCAUCUUCAUCAACUCGUGAUCGUUUAGUCAAUAAGGUUAUAUCAUGUCAGCGAUAAGCCCAAGCUUGUGGUUGUAGGCCCAGAAUAGAUUUUACAUUCUAAU